AUGCAGGACGACGACGCUAUGCAUGGUAUAAUUUUAUCUGGCGACCAGGGGUGCGUUAGUACGGCACCGCUACCACCGUCAUCAUACAGUCCACGUUGUACACUUCUAUCUACUCCACCUGAGAUACGAUGUAUGAUUUACAAGCACGUAUUUAGAGGAAAUCUCAAUAAACUUCUUGCCGAUUACAUCGAAAAUUCCAAGAGAUUAAGACCCGAACACCUCGAAGAUCACUCGGAAACAGGCCCCGAUUCCUCCGACAAUUACUUAGAAGAUCGGACUGCGCUGCUACCACUCCUUUUAGUAUGCAAGCAAGUCCACGACGAAGUUGCAGCAGAGCUUUACAAGCAGAUCAAACUUGAGUACGACCUCGAUGAAUGGAUCUCAGCCCUAAACAAGAUUGGCCCUCGCUAUGGUGCCAUGGUUCAACAUGUUGAAUAUGUUCACGAAUGCUGGGAAUGCCACCGCCGCUGCGAUGACAAUGGGACAAUGUGGGACUGUCUAAUUGACACGCCUAACACACACAUUCGCAUUUUCGAGUGUCUAGCAUCUAACAAUGUCAACCCUCGACACCUUAAGAUAACAUCAUAUUCGCUUCUGGGCUUGCAGGGCGAUGAUCAUGUCAUGAAAGAGACCAUACCCGACUGUACUCAACACAAACACUUCGAAGGCCAAACUUAUCAUGACCAAACAUUCAUCAACCAGAUGUUCUCUCUCUGCAAGAAUAUCCGCGGUAUCCAGUUUGAUGGUGCCUUCAACCCUCUCUGGGUUGCUACCCUGCGCAAUAAACUUGAUUUCAUCAUCAGACUUGAGAACCCAUUCGAGAACGUCGACGCAUCUCAACCUUCUGGCACCUGGACUUUGAUGGAUCCGAAAUCAAACGGUUUCGCCAAGGAACUUCGGGAUUAUACACCAUUGGAUUCGAACGGUCAGGUUUACAUCAAGUUGCCCGACCGCAUCAAUUACAUUAGACAACGCAGAGGGUUAAUCAAUGCUGGAGACGACACUACUGGAGACGAAAUAUGUCACGUACAAUAUCGGGAACGCACGCCUUUCCCUGACGAGGACUCUACCGAGUCCACAUAG